AUGAAUCUCUACACGAUCAAAAAGAGUAAAAAACGUGCUCAACGUGCAACAAGCAAUGUAUUUUCAAUGUUUGAUCAAAAACAAGUACAAGAAUUCAAAGAAGCAUUCAAUUUAAUGGAUCAAGAUCGAGAUGGAACAGUCAGCAAAGCACCAAAAGAUGCAGAAUUAAAAAGUAUGCUGGAAGAAGCACAAGGCCCAGUUAAUUUUACCAUGUUGUUGACGCUAUUCGGCGAUCGUCUUAACGGUACCGAUGAAGAAAAUGUAAUAUUGAAUGCAUUCAAAAAUUUUGAUCAUGAAGGCACGGGAAAUAUUAAUCAAAAAGGUUUAAGAGAAAUUUUGACAGCAGAAGGACGACCUGAAGAUCGCCUAACCGAUAUGGAAUUCAGUCAAAUGCUUGAUGGAGCGCCAAUGGAUCCAAAAGGCAAUUUAGAUUAUGCAGCAUUUACACGACAAAUUAAACGUGGAAAAGAAGAUGAAUAA